UAGCACCUGUGAUGCAAUCGUAACAUUGCCGGAAUUCAUUCAUUGUCUAUAAUCAGUUUAUUCAAUAUUUUUUGAUGAAAUAAUCUUUAUCAACUAAACAGUGCGCAUUUUGGAGUCUAUACUACACUGUCUCGUGUCAAUUCCUUUGCUUUAUUUAUAUAUAUAUAUUUUAUUAUAAGGCUAAUGUUUUCUUAUUUAUGUUAUAGUAAGAAAUACUCAGCUGGGGAAAAAUAUGUCUGAACUUGAAAACGUUGCUGGUGUAAAAACUUAAGAAACAGACAUGAUUUGUCUACGUUUUCCUGCAAGAAUUGUAUACCUCUUAAGCUAUAGAAAAUUUUCCUUCUUGAAACUAAGUAAGAGAUUAUGACGUGCCAGAUAGGAACUAUGGAUCCACCAAGAAUAUUUACCAUUGAGUGGGAUAUGAUGGAUAAAACUCGAUUCUUUUCUCUCUCGAUGGUAAACUCAUUUGCUUUGCGUGGGUUAUUAUAUCCCUUUACAGUCAUCAAAACCCGUCUUCAAAUUCAGAAACAAAAUGUGCUGUACAAAGGAACCUUUGAUGCAUUUGUAAAAAUUCUUAAGUAUGAAGGAAUUUGUGGAUUGUAUAGAGGAUUUUGGAUAAAUUCAAUACAGAUUGCAUCUGGUAUAGGGUAUAUAAUUACUUAUGAGAAGAUAAGACACAUGUUAACUAUUUAUGCUGAUAUAAGAGACAAUAAAUUCAAAGGCUUGAUAGGUGGAGGAUGUGGUUCUUUGGUAGGCCAGACAAUUAUAACACCUUUUGAUGUUGUAUCUCAGCACAUGAUGAUUCUAGGACAGCUAAGAGACAAAAGAGCACCAAAUUCUACCACUAUAAAUCCUUUGAAUAUCGAUCCUACUCUCAGACGAGGGCUAGCUGCAGCUAUUAUAAAAGAAGUUUAUAAAAAAGAUGGAUUAAUAGGUUUUUACAGAGGAUAUUAUGCUUCUCUUUGUACUUAUGUUCCAAGUAGUGCUCUGUGGUGGAUGUUUUAUCCUGUAUAUUCUGAUGCUCUUGCUUCUACUCUUCCUAUCUGGACCUCUCAUAUGCUUAUCCAUUGCAUGGGAGGUCAGUUAAGUGGCAUUACUGUAGCUGUGAUCACUAAUCCUUUGGAUGUUAUUCGUGCUCGAAUUCAGGUUCAUCGCAUGGAUUCUUUUACAAAUGCUCUCAGUGUUAUUUGGUGUGAAGAAGGAAUAUCUUUUUUAUCAAAGGGCCUCUCUGCUCGCUUAAUACAGACAUUUUUUUCCUCGUUUUUUGUUGUAUUAGGGUAUGAAACACUGAAACGAUGGAGUGUAUAUGAUAAAUAUAAAGAUCAAAUACGCUGGUAACAUUAGCUCAUAAUUUUAGUGUGUAUAUAUAUUAGUCUGUUUAUAUUUAUUUCUAGAAAUUAAUAUAUUAAUAUAUAUUUAUUUUAUUAUUUCAUUAAAACAACGUGCGUUGUAAAAUAUACCAAAGUAUAUUAUUUUUCCCUUGUAAUUAAACUUGUAAAGAAUUUUGUUUGUUUCUCUUAAAAAUGCAAUUUAUUAAUAGAAAACUUAUGCAAUUCAACUUAUUGAAAAAUUAAUUUCUUAAUCCAGAUAUCAAGGAGAUGAUUUGUUUUUAAAAUAAGGAAAAGAAAAUGAAUUCUUUCCAAUCAUUAGUAAGAUUUUAGCAAUUUGUUAAUGGCUCUUUCUGGUGCAAUAACAAUUGAUUCUUCUGCAUAGGAAAAUAUUGUAACUUUAUACAAUUAUUUGUAUUUUAUUACAUGAUUUUUUAAAAUUGCAUCUUGUGCAGGAUGUGCUUCAAUGUAUAAUUAGUUUGUAUCUUUUUAGUUAGUGCCUGAUUUUCUUUUAUGUGAGGAACACAAAGCAUUUUAAAUAUAAAUCUACAUUUUAAGAUUAAGUUCAGUGGAUAAAAUUUCUAUAAUCUGUUCAUGUAAUAAAUAUUGUGAUUAUUUUUCAUACAAAGUCAUUUUAAUUAAAUGAUUGGAUUUUUUAUGUUAUCUGAGCUGUAAAAUGUGCAAUGUCAAUAGGCAUAGGCAUAUGCUGUUAAAAGUGUUAAACAGGUUUUGUUAUAUGUAAAUCAGAAUAAUUAAUUGGAAGUGCAAUGCUGAUAUGAGUAUUUUUGCCUAAUGUCAUGUCGGCGAAAUUUAACAAUUAUUAAAAAAAAUCAUGUUACUAGAGCAAGGAUAAGCAUACUUUUUUAGAAGCUGGCCAAAGUUUUUUUUAAAUGUGAAUUAUCAAUAAAGUUAAAUGAAAAAUUAUUUAAAAAAUUCUUGAAUAUAAAUGUGAAGAAUGAAGUUGUGGAUUCUUUUGUUGUUUAAAAUUUAAUAAAAUUGUUUAAAAUUAUAUUAUUUAAAAUUGUGCUAAUUUUUUUUAAAUAUGUGGAAGCAUUUGACUUGCAUAAUUCAUUUAAAUGUUUGGAGAAAUUAUUGAAAUUGAGUAAAAAAUUUAAAAAGAUGCAAUUUAAAUUCAAAUGAAGGAAAAAAUAAUAAAUUAUUUGGAAUCAAAAGUUGUGAAUUUUGAUUGAAAAAAUUCUUUAAUAUUAAUGUGAAAUUAAUGUUUAAUAUAAUUUUUUUUUGUCAUCUGACAACAGUUGUUAGUUAUGACAUCAAUAUCUAAAUAUGCCUUGUGUGACUUUAAACAAGAGGUUGUUUUAACUAAGGUAAAAAAAAAAAAAUGAUUAUAUCUAAAAAAUGUAAUUAAAAUGUUAUCAAGAAAUUAGAAUGACAUUUUCAUUUUAAUUAGUAUCAGAGCACAAAAAUGGCAAAUUAGAUUUAAAAAAAAUAUGUACCCAAUGUUUCUUUGACAAGAAUCCUGAAAAUGCUUCAACAUGGAAUGUUGAAAGCAUUUUGGAAUUUAAAUUUCAACACAUUUGUAUUAGAUGGAACAUAUAUAUGAAAAUCUUGUGAAUUUUGUUACAUCUCAUUCCAUAUUAAAAAUUGGUUUUGCGAAAGACACUUUUAUUUGCGAUUGUUCCUUGAAUGUGUUGCAAUAGUCUUAGGAAUUUAUAAAUUUUAAAGAGCUUUUAUGAGUGAUUUUUAAGUUCAAGUCAUUGUUUUAUGGUGAAAACUUUUUAAAAAAUUAUGCAACUUUAUUUUAAUCAUGUUUAAAUAUUUAAACUAUUUUAAUGAUAUUGUUUGUUUAUUCUAUUUCUUUUGUUUUUUGUUAAGAUGACUGUUUAAUUUUUCUUUUGACACCUGUUCCUUUCCAAUAACUGCCAAUUCUAAUUGGAAAUUGGCAGUUAUUGAUAAAGAAUAAGUGCUUAUUUAAAUUUUAAAAAUUUAGAUCUCAGAUUUAAUAUUUUUAAUUGAAAUUAUCUUCAAUGAAAAGAAUAUUCAGUUUUUUUACAUUAAGCUAUUUAUCUAAUCAAAAACAAAUAUGAUUUUUAUCUGGAUGGAAUAACAUUGUUUUUGACUGUUGACCAAACAGAAAAUUUACUAUAAUAUAUUUCUUAAUUUAUUUAAUAAUUUUGGUUGUUUACAAUUUUAAAAUGCAAGAUUAAAUGCAAAAUGAUUGUAUUCUAAUUUAUCUGGAAUUUUAGACAUUUUUAGAGAUUUCCUUUCUCAAAUUUCAUUUUAGAAUUAAUAUGUCAUUAAGAUUCUAUAAAAAAUGUGAAUUUUAGAUCAGUGAAGUAGUCAAAUUUCUUAUCAGAUUAAAUUGAUGAAAAUACUGUCAUUUUAUUAAAAUAUACAUUAUCAAAUUAACAUUUAAAAUUGCCAUAUUUUUGUACCACAUUAGU